UAGAUUUCCCAGCCGGGAUAAGCGAACCCGUCGCGAGGGCCCCCUAGCGGCCAGGCCGGGUCCCCUCGCACGUGUGCGGCGGUCGGCGGAGUCCAGCACCAGCGGCGGUAGCAGCAGCAACAACCCCAUGUGCGUGGGCAGCAGAGGGCUGCCCUUCCCCUGCCCUUGCUACUGCCGGCCAUGGGGGUCUUUCCAAGGGGGCAGAGACCCCGGCGAGGGGGUAUCGAAGGGACCUGGUUGGCCGCGCUCCUCGCCCUGGCGCUGUGCGACUCCCUGUGGCCGGGGCUCGCCCGCUGUGAGGCCAGGGACGUGUGUCUGGGUCUCAACGAGCAGCAGUACUACUGUGAUAGUGGCCACUGCUGCGGAGACAACGGCUGCUGCACCUACUACUACGAGCUGUGGUGGUUCUGGCUGCUGUGGACGCUGGUCGUGGUGCUGAGCUGCUGCUGCGCUUACCGGCACCGGCGCUCGAAGCUGCGCUCGCACCAGCGUGCCAGGCAACGUCGCAUCGACAUGCUCGCCUACCGGGGGGCCUGCAACUACCCGGGCCCCCCACUCGACAUACGCCUCAUGGCCGUAUGCAAGCUGCCACCCUACGAGGAGGCCAUCCUGACCCAGGCCGACACGUCACCGCCGCCCCCCUACAGCGAACUGGGCCCCCAGCGGGGGGGGGGGCUCGAUGUGGGCCCCCCCCGCACGGCCAGCUCCGACUCCAGCCUGGGGGGGGCCAUUGUCAUACUUCACCAUGCAGACAGCUCUCCCGAACCCCACACGGACCCCAGCGACUACCGCCCCUCUGCUUCCCCUCCUCCCGCUCCUCCGCCUCCUUCUCCUCCUUCUACGGCCGCCACCACCGCCACUUGGAGCGCGACCUCCGAGGAUGAGGGGGGCUGUCAACCCCCGGUGAUGAGGGGUCCAGAAGAGGAGCACGGCGAGCAGGGUGCAGGACAAGGUGCUGGCGGAGAAGUGUGCGGUGUGGAGCCGAGCCGUGAUAAGGAAGUAGCAGUGACCCUGACCUCGACCCCGACCCCAGCCUCAACCCCAAACCCGAGCGUGACCCCGAACGUGACCCCGAACGUGACCCCGAACGUGACCCCGAGCGUGACCCAAAGCGUGGCCCCAAGGCCCGGUUCCGGCAAGAAGCGAGCGCGCUUCUGUCCUCGUCUCGACGUCACCGUGGAGAUCGCCGAUGGAGAGGAGAGCAGGACCACGACACACCAGGAGGAACUGCCUGAUAACCAUGGCAACGACGAUGAUCGUGAUGACGGAGGAGGGGGAGAGUUUGGGUGUGGCGACGAUGAUGAUGACGAUGGUGAAGAAACGGAUCAUUUUCGUCACCGCCGAUUGACCGGAGAUUCUGGGAUCGACGUGCGACCUCCUGACCCUGUGUGUGACGAUGAUGAUGGUGAUGACGAGGUCAUGGAGAAGGAUGAAGAGGUGGCACUCACGCAUGGGAGACUCGCCACAGACCUGGGCGCCAAGGCCCACAAUGGGGGGCAGGCGAGCGCCCCCCAAAGCAGCCAGCUGGCGAGGACCCCUUGACAGCCCCCUACCAACGAUAAGCCGGUCCUGCGCCAACUCUUGGACUGCAGGGCCCCCCACAAAACCUGAUCUGGGCCUCACAAUCGGAAGGUUGCGAGUUCAAACCCUGGCUGGAAUUCUAAUCUGGGGCCCCCCACAACCACCCCACCAUCAUUAUCUCAAAGGGGGUCGGUAAAUUUAAUAGCGGCACUCGUGCAGUGGCUGUGGUACAGAGGCUCCCAUCAUAUGAAUGUGGAAUGCGCUGGCUCGAGGCCACUAUCCGUUCUCGUGCGGGGGCCGUGCCGCCGCGUGUUGUUUGGCGCGAUGUCCGACGUUUCGCUCUGCGUGCCGAAUUAAUGAGCACUCGCAUUCUCCCUAGAGCAUUCGCCGUAGUGAGUUCUCGACCCCGAUCGCUCUGUCUGGACCACGGAACGUCAACGCUCGGGGCUCCCGAAGCUGCUCCCGGCACGUGGAGCGGAACGUCAGACGACGCGCCCGACAACGCGUAGCGGCACGAUCCUUGGAAACGCGGAGAGGAGUGGGGGGUGAACUGCGGGCCGCGGUCACCCACUCCUGCCUCCCGACCCCCCCACACUCGCAGCCCCUCCCUAUGAGAUGCGGCUGAUAAACUCGGCAGCUGGAGAUGCGGUCGCCGUGGAAAUGAAAAGUGUUCUGUCAUUGCAUGUUAACGCUUCAUAAGGUGUGGUGGGCAAGUAUCUCAAGAGGAGGGUGGCCCAUAAAAAUAGAAGGGACACUAUAUAACAACAAUAACAAUAAUAUUAUUACUAUAGUCAUUUAUUUAUCUACGCACUUUGAUCCUUGGCAAUCCAGGAGAGGCUCGCUGUGCAUCAGGAGGGUCCUGCCCCUGGGGAUGUUGGGCCUCUUCCUCUGUCUGGAGCACACCCCCCCUCCCACGCCCCGUGUCUACGUACGAGGGGGCAACGUUCCCACGGUCCGCACGGAUGGGUUCCACGUGCCCACUUGCUAUACUGCCAUAUCGUGGUCACCUUGCCCACGGUUUCCAGUGAGGGUGCCAUCCUCUCCCUUUUGGGUUUUUUUUAAUGGGUCCCUAUUAAAAAAUAAUUCAGGACGGCCCUCCCCCCGCCCACUCCCCUCUAAAGUUUAUAAAUCUGCCUCUUCCUGCAUCCCACGUUCACAUUGUUGUACAACACCACCAUCAACUCCUAGGGCCUCCUCCCCUGUGGCCCACUACUUGGGGGGGGGGCCUCGGAACGGCGUGCAGCAGGUAGGGCCGUGGGUGCAGCACCACCCCGCACUCGCCGGCCAGGUCCGGGAGCAGGAGGGCGCCCCCCACCCCGGAUCGGGGGGCCUCAAAGCGGAACCUCUGCAGCAGAGCGGCAGACAUGAGCAGCAGCUGCAGGCGUGCGAGGGGUUCCCCCAGGCACACGCGGGGCCCCCCCCCGAACGGCAGGAAGGAGGAACCCUCGGGGGCCCCCGCUUGCAGCCGCCCCCCCUCCCAGUGCAGGAAGCGGCCUAGUGGGGAGCGGCGGAGGGCGACAUGGGGAGAGGAGAGAGAGGAUUAGCAGGGUUUGGGGUUCGGGGGGGGGGGCACUGAAAUUUGGGUCACGUGACCCAAUGGGAGGGGGCGGCAGUCGAGUUUGGAUCACGUGACCCAUAUUGGGGGGGGGGGGGGAGGUCCUGGGAAAUCUUGGUAGGCCACGCGGUCAGUUUAUGGCUUCCUCGCGAGGGACAUGAUUCUGCGUGGGGUUGAGUUGAGAGUUGUGCAGUGACUGGGAGCCCGCCCGCCCGAGAGACAUCCCAGGCACACCGAUCCGAAGGAUGCCCACUCCCGGGUUGCUGGCUCGGUGGCACGUGACGAGUAGCCACGGCGUGAGGUAUGCCGGAUGUGAUGUGCCUUGGUUACACACCCAUGGGUGGUGGCGAUAUAACGAUGGCGAUGCUGAUGGUACAAUAAAGCGGUGGAUUUA